UGAUGUUUGACCGAUAUGGUUGGAGGUUUUGGCAGCCAAACCGGAGUCCCCGGCAAGCUCGGGAAAAGGAAGGUGGUUCCCUGUAGACCCCCAGUUAUUGGUCGCUGGUACGAUUUUGCAGCCGUGGAUCAGAACAUUGAAAACUUCAGUAACCAUCAUGCAUGUGUCCAACUACCAGAAGAUUUGUGUCAUUUGAAAAGACUUAAGGAGGAAAAAAGACUCAGAGGAAUACAAGAACUUGGUCAGCCGACAGAAACACAAAAAACCCUGUGCUUAGGUAUGGCCAGCACCCAGACCAGUUUGAAGACCCCUUUCAAAGACUUGACCUCAUUCAAGGGCAACAUGAAGCGGCUGUUCAGAGAGCGACUGGAAGAUGCACCCAUCAAGAAGCGAGUGAUAGCGGAGAUCAACCUGAAGCGUCGUAGCUUGGAUUCCCUCCCCAAAACUCCCAAGGUAAAGAGAGAGCAGCCUGAGGAUCUCCGCCAUGAAUCUGACAUGGAUGUGGAGGGCCGGGCUGAACUGCAUGUGGUGGGCUCUGCUAAAGCCCUGGACCUGAGCCCUGGGCUCAAACACACACUGGCCCAAUUCACCCUCAGCAGCCAGAGCUCCCUUGGGGGCCCAGCUGCCUUCUCAGCCCGCACAGGCCAUGAGCAUUCUCCUGCCGGCAUGCCACCCCUGCCCUCCCCUCCUGUUUUGGGAGGGGGCCCUCUGCUGGUUCCCUGUGACAGCUCUACUGAACUCACCCACUCUCUGCUGGAAGGAGAGUCCAUCUCCUGCUUUGUCGUUGGGGGUGAGAAGCGGCUCUGCCUGCCCCAGGUGCUCAACUCUGUGCUCCGUGAUUUUUCGCUACAGCAGAUCAACACUGUGUGUGAUGAGCUCUACGUCUACUGCUCACGUUGCGACGCUGAGCAGCUGCACAUCCUCAAGGUGCUGGGCAUUCUGCCGUUCAACGCACCUUCCUGUGGCCUCAUUACACUGACGGAUGCACAACGGCUGUGCAACUCUCUCCUGCGUCCUGGGGCAGCCUUGCCAGCCGACCCCAGUGGUAAGCUGUCGGCCCAGGGCCUGCUGAAGGAGAGUGAAGCCACAUUCCAGGUGGAGCACCAGUGUCUGGGAAAGUGCCAUGGUCUUUUUGUGCCCCAGUUCUACACCCAGCCUGAGGCGCCCUGCAUCCAGUGUAUCGAGUGCCAGUUGCUCUUUUCACCACAGAAGUUUGUCAUGCAUUCACACAAGUCACCUGAUAAGCGGACCUGCCACUGGGGCUUUGACUCAGCCAAGUGGCCCUGCUACCUGCAGCUUGCCAGGAAGUAUCAGGGGACCCCCGAGGAGCCCAAGCUCAAGCAGCUGCUGGAGGACGUCAAAGAGAAGUUCCACUACCAGCUUAAGAGAUCGCUAGACAAAAAGGCAGUAGAGGAGGAGGAGAGCCAGGUGAGGAAAUCUUCGGCAGAUCUCUGCUCCACUAGCGACAAGUUGGCUGAUGCCGACCCUGCAAGAAAGGGUAAAACAUCUCCACCUACUCUGGUGUUUAACCGUCUUUUCUCAGACAUCAAGGAGGAGCCAGGACACCCCACCCUGGUCCAUCCCAGUUACUACUUGUACACGUAUGAUAAGAUGGUGGCUCCCAACGUAUCACUGCGGAGGGAGGCAGAGAUGAGCCCUGAGGUGCUCGGAGCGCUUCUCAAACACCACUACAGUCGCAGAGUGCUGGGCCACGACGAGCCACCACUGGAUCUUCAUGCGUCGCCUCCUGUCGCUCCUAGCGCCACCGAGGAGGCCAAAUCCCAACGUGCCACUGCUGCCUCGGCCACCGAACGGGAAUGCCAAACCCAGGCAGUUUCCAUGGAGACAAGCAGUCCUGGCUCCAAGAAAGCAGCCCACAUCCCCGCCCACACCCCACCUCCUCCUCCCGCGUUGUUGUUGUCAUCGGUAACAGAGGUAGCGGCUAAGGACAUGAGCUCUGCCACGUGCAGCACCACAGCGGUGUUGGGGGGGCUGGAGGACGACAAGGACAGGAUUGUUGUGGAGAUCAUGCAGAUGUACAGCAGGCAGCAGGAGAAGCUCAACUCCACCCUGCACAAGCAGCUGCAGCUGGAAAUGGAGCUGGAGGCAUUGCGUGGGGGCGAAGCGGCAAGGUUACGGGAGCUGAGCGCCGAGCAGCGGGAGCUGCGCAGCGAGCUGGAGGCAGUGCACACUGAGCAGGCAAGGCAGCUCAGCCAGGCCCGCCAGGAGCAGCUGGAGCUGGAGACCCGUCUGGAGCAGCUCCGACAGCAGGCCUGCGCCUGCGAGCCAGGGGCACAACGCCAACAAGAGGCCCACUACACUGCACAGUUGUCAGAGCUACGUCAGAGGCUGGAGCGGGCGGAGGCCGACCGGCAGGAGCUGCAGGAGGAGCUGCGCAGGGAGCGGGAGGCGCGAGAGAAGCUGGAGCGCACCAUCGUCCAGCUCAAACAGCAGAUGGCCCAGUCUGGCACGAUGGGAGGCAGCCCCUCUCCUCCUCCUACCCCCUUCCCCAACGCCCACUCCCCACCCUGUUCUUCCUCCAUCUCAGAGUCCCCAGCGGCUGGCCAAAAGUAACUGCCACCCCUCCAGGCGCUUCCCCCUCCCUCCCUCAUUCCUUUCCCCAUUACCCGCCAACUCUGCAGACACAAAUAAAUCAGCCUGAAGCAGAAAGGAGCUCCACAUCUCAGGCUGUUUUUAAGUUUCACAUCUCACCCCCCCUCCCCUUUUAUUCAGUGUAGGACUGACGUUUGUUUUUGUAAUUUAACAUCUCUUAAAAACUUUUAUGGUUUUACAUUUAUUUUUGCUUCCCUCUCCUCUUUAAACAGUAUUUAAAAUUUUUUGGGCAUGUAUGUUUGAUUUAAUUUAUAGUUUUUACUGAACAAGCAGCUGCUUCACAGACAGGAGAUUGGUCAAGUAGAGACCAACUUAGCCCAUCACUAUUUUUCUCCCUUGGUAUUUCCCACCCUCCUCUCCCAUCUCUUCCUGCCCUCUGGUCUCUGGAGCAAAUGACUUGGAGAUUGCAGACUUCAGCCCAGACUCUUGUCUCAGCUCCUCACAGACAUUACUUCAUGCUACUACCUGGCACAGCAGCAGACACCCCCGGUCACGUAAUGCGGCCUGGUUGCGAGCCUCCUUCGUCUUUCUGUACGCAAUGCCCAACCGCUCGAGUACCAGCGACUGCAGGAAACUGCAUGUACAUUUCAAAACUGUUUCUUUGCUUCUUUUAAAACACAGCAACAAAAGUAUAAUAUGUUAAAAUGUCGAGUCUAUAUGGAGGAGAAAGAUCUUUACUGUAUAAAACAUACAUUUUGCAGAUGUCGUAAAACCUCAUGAAAAUAUGCCUAUAGUGACACUGAACUUGAAGUGAGUGUUUUGAGUGACCCCUACAAGGUAGCUAGCUAGGAUGUUGCCUGACCUGGACCACAGCUGCUCCCAACACAGACUGGUUUCCUCUUCGCUCUGCUGGGCAGCACCUGGAGUCUCCUGUUGUAGACCAAACAGUGUGUUGGUUGUACCACCAGCUGCCCAGUGUCUCCUCUAACCUGACUGAGACCUCACACCUUCCAUCGCUGUAUGCUGGCGCCAUUGCCCUCUGCUAAGAAACUCCUUAACACUGUGGUUUUCUCCCAAUUUGGGCUAGACAGGAAACACUGUGCUCUUUUCAGGCUUGAAGAAGCUCACAAGCAUUGUUAUACACUUACUACGGUCUCCUCCCCCAGAGUCCCUUGGGAAAGGAAUGUGUCUGGACACGAGGGCCGGUUGAGCUGGUGUAGCUUUUCUAAGAAAUAAGAAAGGUGGGGUCUCAUGUGCAGUAGCUGCACUGUGUUGCCAUAAUACAUACGACAUCCUAACAUUGCUGCACACACUCGAGUGUGUCAGUGUAGUGCAAGCAUUCAGAGAGAACAAUGGCCCCAGCGUUCCCAGCAGAUGAUCAAAGCUGCAGUCUGUCCCUGUUUUUCUGGGCUUUUUUUUUUUUUGUAUCAUUUGACUUCAUUGUUAGCAGAUGGUUUUAUCCCCACCGUGUUUGUAAGAGCGUCAUCGAAGAAUGUGGGUCGCAGGUGAAAGCAGUUAGUCCAGGGUGGUUUGCUUCCCGUUAUUCUGCCUGGCUGAACAAACAGCACCGGGCAGGCCGGGAGAGGAAGAGAGGGGAGGAUUGAGGGGGUGUGCUCAAUGCGCUGGUGAACUCUCCCCCCCCCGGCAGGCUGGGUGGCCUGGACGCUGGGGUACCAAGGGAGCCCUUUUUGUUUUGUGCCGUCAGAAUGGGGGCAGCUGUUGUUGUCUGGGGCCCCCUGCCCACCCUUGGGUGAGACUGUACAGGAUCCCUCAGCUCUCAACAACCUCCCUCCCUUCUCCUCUCCCACAGUCACUCGCUAAAACAUGCCCGUCCAUCCAUCCCCAUCAGCUGGGGGUGUGCAGCGUUUUGUAGAUGCCCAGGAGAGCGAGCAGACGUCCAGCCGCAAGAAGACAGGACUUUUAUUGUGUCAGUUGCCAGGCAAAGCGCUUUUUAUUGCCACUAAGAAGAUCCCUGUAAGUGAGUGUGUGUGUGUGUAAAUAAUUGUAUGAAGAUCAGCCUCGGCUAAACUCUGAGCUUUUUUUUAUGCAUCUGCUAAAAAUGCAAAUUGAUAGACAUUCCACUGUGCGCCAUCCUGUUCAAUGCAGAUUUUCUUACACAGCUUCCCUUUACAGUAACAGACAUGAAGACCAGACAGAGUACAGUUAUGGUUUGUUGAUAAUUAUAAAUGCAGGUGCAGGUGCAAACCAGUAAAAUCAAACCCACACCGCAAAUAUACACUCUACUGUUGUUCCAUUUAAACCUUUAUUGAAAUUAUGAAAGAAAAUAUUUAACGUAUUAACUAAAGAUUUAUAUUCACUUUGUAAAUACAGUAGUCAUUAAUAUAUUAACUGUUCUUAUAUAAAUAAUCUUUAAAAGGUUAUCUAAUUUGGACCAGAACUAAGGCUUCAGUCAGCCUAAAUGUUUUUGCUUUCUUUUAUAAAAAAAAAAAAAAAAAAAGAUCUUUGCAGAUAUCAGAACUUGGUGUUUGUUGAGUGGAUGUGGGGCAGUGAAACGCAUGGUUUACUGAGACAUGAUGCAGGACAGAGGCAAAAUAGGAAAAUAAUACUUUGUUACACAAUUCUCCCCUUUUCUGAACUGAUGCAAUUGUUUUUGUGGAUUUCAUCUUGGCAGACUGUUUAAUGUGUAAUGUAAGCUUUUUUUCCCUCUUUGUUAAACCCCUCCCCCUCAAGCUAAACUGAAAAUUAGUUUAAGGAAAUGCAUUUUGGGAAAAAAGAGAAAACAAACUAAAUAUUAUUUUUUUGCAUGUUUUGCUGCCCCUUACAUUUUGUGUCACUGGGCCACGCUAUCAAUCUGUUUAUUGUAAAGAGAAAAAAAAAGUUUCCCUCACAUAAUGCACACACUAUUGAGAUGGCUCAUAUGCAUGAAUAUUGAACAUGUGCAAGUUUUAUAUUCAUUAAUGGUUCAGAGGUUGAUUAAAUAUUAAGUCAGAGUCAGAUUAUGAAGAAUAGAAGUUGUAGCCUAAUUUGAUUUGGAAAUUGUGCAUACAUGGGUAUGUGUUGGCCACCCAUGUCUGAAGCACAGCAGCUUUGAAAAGGGAAACAGAAAACUUGUCCAUGUAGCUCUGGAUAUCUGGUUUUCUGAUUUAGGAUCAUAUAUUAUCCUUGUCAGUUAUCACACAGAUAAUCAGUGUUAGUUUUUAUUCACUUAAUUACCACUUUGGCAGAACAGAAAACUAAAUGUCCUUUUAAUUCAGCACAUGAACAGGAAGUCUGUGCAUUUACUAUCUGAAUAGUUGGCAUUUUAUACACAAGGGGGCGCUGUUUAGCUUCUUUAAUUAAAAUGAAGAAAGGACUAAAUGAUAGGAGAAAAAAAAUGCCUUGUAACACAGCGUGCUGGGCCUUUUUUGCAUUUUGCAGUGUUAUGAGAACUUGAAUAUGAAUUGUACAGAAUUUUUACAGGUGUGGAUUUUGCCCAACUGACUAAAACAAGGUGAGAAGAGCUGUGCUUCAUCACAUGAACACGUUUGAAUGCAGAAUUACAUGAGAACAUUUGCCUCCUGGCUACGCAAAGAAAAAUGGUGAACAAGUCAGAGGUGACCUUUGAAGUGUUACAGGUGGCUCUGCUUUGUAGUUGAGUGUGUAAUUUUUAGCCAAUAAUUAUUCUUGGAAGUAGAAAUGCAAUGGGGACAGAUCACACUGACCACUGGCUACUAAGAGUACCUUGUUUCCAUUUACAGACAUCCUGUUAUAGAUGGGGAAAAAAAUCAGUGGCUUUGCUAAAAAGAACCUUUUCCCCCCUGAUGCUGUUCUGAAACAUUAAACACAGUGUCUGUGUAUGACCAUUGCAUACUACGUUGCCAAUACUACAGUGUGAUGAGACUUUUGUUCUUGCAUGAAUCGAGACACUGUUCUCCUACCUCAUGUUGUGAUAUAAAAAGAUGUUUUUUUAAGCAGAAGACACUGCAUCUCUAACUGUUUAUCAUCAUUGAUAUUUACUAGUAAAUGACAUACCUGUAAAUGCUUUUAGCUAAUACCUCAGUUGUAUCUGGUGUUUGUUUUUUUUCUGUUUUUGCCCUUCCCUGACUUCGGAUCUUGUAAAUAAACCCUGUAUAGACAAUGAACUUGGAUCAAAUUCAAGUAAAGUUCUGUAGUGUCAAAACCA